CUAAGACUUCCAAGCUCAAGAAGGAAUCUGUUUUCUCACUGACACCCUGGCAUAAUGUACGCAGCAGGGCCAGAGUGAGUAAAUCAACGCCUUCGCUAAAACAUGACUUACAGGGAUGUUGUAGGUCCUGUCUGCAGCCUGAAGUUCAUGACUCUUUUGGUUGCCCUAAAUCCAGAACUCCUACUCCUGGGAGCCCGUGUGCAGCUUCAAGAUAAUGGGUAUAAUGGAUUACUUGUGGCAAUUAAUCCUCAGGUAUCCGAGGAUCAGAACCUCAUCCCAAACAUUAAGGAAAUGAUAAGUGAAGCUUCUUUUUACCUAUUCAAUGCUACCAAGAAGAGACUGUUUUUCAGAAAUGUGAAGAUUUUAAUACCUGCCACAUGGAAAGCUAACAACUACAGCAAAGUAGAACAGGAAUCGUAUGAAAAGGCAAAUGUCAUUGUGGCUCACUGGUAUGGGACACAUGGUGAUGAUCCAUAUACCCUACAGUACAGAGGAUGUGGGAAAGAGGGAAAAUACAUUCAUUUCACUCCUAAUUUUCUACUAAACAGUGAUUUUACUGCUGGCUAUGGACCACGAGGUAGAGUGUUUGUCCACGAAUGGGCCCAUCUCCGUUGGGGUGUGUUUGAUGAAUAUAACAAUGAGAAACCACUCUAUAUAAAUGGACAAAAUCAGAUUAAAGUGACAAGGUGUUCAUCGGACAUCACAGGCACUUUUGUGUGUGAAAAGGGCCCUUGCCCACAAGAGAACUGUAUUAUUAGUAAACUUUUCAAAGAAGGUUGCAUGUUCAUAUAUAAUAGCACGCAAAAUGCAACUGCAUCGAUAAUGUUCAUGCAAAGUUUAUCUUCUGUGGUUGAAUUCUGCAAUGCUAGUACUCACAACCAAGAAGCUCCAAACCUACAGAACCAAAUGUGUAGCCUCAGAAGUACGUGGGAUGUAAUCACAGAGUCUGCUGACUUUAAUAACAGCGUACCCAUGAGUGGAACUGAGCUUCCACCAACUCCCACAUUCUCCCUUGUACAGGCUGGUGAGAAAGUGAUCUGCUUAGUGCUGGAAGUCUCAAGCAAGAUGGCUGAGGCUGACAGACUCCUUCAACUGCAGCAAGCAGCAGAAUUUUACUUGAUGCAGAUUGUUGAAAUUCAUACUUUUGUGGGCAUUGUCAGUUUUGAUAGCCAAGGAGAGAUCAGGACCCAGCUACACCAAAUCAACAGUGAUGAUGACCGAAAGUUGCUGGUUUCGUUUUUGCCUUCCACUGUGUCCGCUGAAGCAGAAACCAGUGUCUGUUCAGGGCUUAAGAAAGGAUUUGAGGUGGUUGAAAAACGGAAUGGAAAAGCAUAUGGCUCUGUGAUGGUAUUAAUAACAAGUGGAGAUGAUGAAUAUAUCAACAAUUGCGUACCCACCGUGCUCAGCAGUGGCUCAACCAUUCAUUCCAUUGCCCUGGGUUCAUCUGUGGCUGAAAACCUAGAGGAGUUAUCACAUCUUACAGGAGGUUUAAAGUUCUUUGUUCCAGAUAAAUCAAACUCCAAUAGCAUGAUUGAUGCUUUCAGUAGAAUUUCCUCUGGAACUGGAGACAUUUUUCAGCAACGUGUUCAGCUUGAAAGUGCUAGUGAAAUUGUGAAACCUCAUCAUCACUUAAAAAACACUGUUUCUCUAGAUAAAAGUGUGGGCAAUGACACUGUCUUUUUAGUCACAUGGCAGACCAGUGGUCCCCCUGAGAUUGUAUUAUUUGAUCCUAAUGGAAGAAAAUACAGCACAAAUAAUUUUACCAGCAAUCUAGCUUUGAAGACUGCUCGCCUUUCCAUACCAGGAACUGCUAAGCCUGGGCACUGGAGUUACACACUGAACAAUACUCACCAAUCUCUUCAAGUCUUGAAAUUGAUUGUGACCUCUCGGGCCUCCAGCUCAGCUGUGGCCCCUGCCACAGUGGAAGCCUAUGUGGAAAAAGACAGCACUCAUUUUCCCCAUCCAGUGAUGAUUUAUGCAAACGUUAGAAAGGGGUUUUAUCCCAUAGUUAAUGCCACUGUAACUGCUAUAAUUGAACCAGAGACUGGAGAUGCUGUUACACUGAAGCUUUUUGAUGAUGGAGCAGGUGCUGAUAUUAUAAAAAAUGAUGGAAUUUACUCGAGGUAUUUUUUCUCCUUUGCUGUAAAUGGUAGAUACAGCUUGAAAGUGCAUGUCUAUCAAUCUCCCAGCAUAAGCAACCGAGUCUACUCUGUUCCAGGGAGUCAUGCUAUGUACGUACCAGGUUACAUAGCAAAUGGUAAUAUUCAGAUGAAUCCCCCAAGAAAGUCAAUGGGCAGAAGUGAGGAGGAACAAGCAUGGGGUUUCAGCCGAGUAAGCUCUGGGGGUUCCUUUUCUGUGCUGGGAGUUCCAGCUAACCCCCAUCGUGAUGUGUUCCCACCAUGCAAAAUUAUUGACCUGGAGGCUGUAAAAUUAGAAGAUGAGGUGACUCUAUCUUGGACAGCCCCGGGAGGAGACUUUGACCAGGGCCAGGCUACAAGCUAUGAAAUAAGAAUGAGUAAGAGUCUGCAGAAUAUUCGAGAAGACUUUAACAGUGCUAUUUUAGUGAAUACGUCAAAACUAAAUCCUCAAAAAGCUGGCAUCAAGGAGACAUUUACAUUCUCACCAAAGCUUUUCACAAAUGAACCUGAAUAUCAUCUUGAUGGAGAGACAGAAGAAAGUCACAGAAUGUAUGUGGCGAUACGAUCAGUGGACAGAAACUUCUUGAAAUCUGCUGUUUCUAACAUUAUCCAGAUCUCUCUCUUAGUUUCACAGAAUUCUGCUCCUGUUCUUACCAGAGAUUAUCUCAUAUUGAGAGGAGUUUUAACAGCAAUAGGUUUAAUAGGAAUUAUUUGCCUUACUAUAGUUAUAACAUAUUAUACUUUAAACAGGAGAAAGAGAACAGCCAAGAAAGAGAAUGGAUCAAAAUCACUGAGAAUAAAUGUGCAGUACACCUUUCUUCUUAGAUGUGACCCAUGA